UACAGUAUACUAUAGAGCUCAUUAAUUUAUAUCGUGCAUAGUUCCCUUCCACUGCUUUAUCGAACCCGCAUUUUGGACAACGGCUUGGCAGGAGCAAGUAGCAAGUUGACGUAGUUUGACGCUGACGCCUGACGUCAAACACCGUUGUGUAUCAGGCAAUCUUUAUCAAUGUAUUAUUGUGUAUUAUUGUGAAUUACAUUUUAUAUUUAUUUUAUUCAAAAUCCGAAACAGAAUUAUCUUAUCGACUUUGAUAAUACAAUAAGAUGAAGCUUUGUAAGACAAAUAGCUUUUUUAUUGCGUCGAAUAUAUACGUUUCCGGAAUAUAUUUUCGAUAAUGCGAUAUUUUGCGUGAAAUUUGCUAUGACAAUAGAAGACACUGUUUUAUACUUAAGAAAGAAGAAUUAUAUUACAAAAUCAUUUCACAAGAAAUAUAUUGGAUUAUACUGAAGACUUUUACAUUUUGAUGUUCAAGGUUGUAUAUAGCCCAUUUAUUAUAUAAUAUGCUUGAAGUUGAAGCCAACAUACGCUUGAAAUUGAAGCCAACAUAUACGCAUCAAUUCUAAUAAAUUAUUCAAAAGCUUUCAUGUACUUUCAAUGACAAGCAGUACAUACACUAUUUAGAGAGAUUUAAAUAUAAUUUAAUAAUAAAUAGUUGAAAAAAUUAUCUUCAAAGUUAAAACAAACAUGGCUAGCGAAUGGAAAAUCUUUGGUUUGUUGCUAUACAAGGACUUGAUAGUACGCAUGAGACAUUGGGGUAUGACAUUAUUCUUACAAGCUUUAGUUCCCAUUGGAUUAUUUGUAUUAUUACAAGCAGUGAGAGAUUUUAAUGCUGAACCGCCAACUAUACUAAAUGAAAGUACAUAUUAUCCUAUACAAACGCAAGGUGACUUAAUGCAAACAAUUGAUUUUGGUUUAAAUUAUGUAUAUUAUCUGCCAAAGAAUGCAUAUACAUUUAAGACUAUGGAAUCUGCUAGAAAAUGUCUUAGUCUUUUGCCUGACAAUGUCAAAGAUUUCUCUAAUGAAACUGAAAUGAUAAAUGCUUAUACAAUUUCUGAGGCAGAAAGUAAGAUACCACUUUCUGUGGUAGCAAUUGUUUUUGAACAAUAUAAUAAAAGUACCACAAAAUACAAAAUUAGACAUUCCUGGAAAAUUCCAAAUGAUUUGUACCAAACUAUAUUAGGAGAACAUAUGAGUGCAUCACCUACAAUGUACUUUGAUAUGAAUCCAAUUGUGCAAGUUCAGAUGUGCGUAGAUGAAGCAAUUAUAAAUCAAGCAGCAACAAAUUCUAUGUCAAACAUAAAGAUGUCAAUACAAAGAAUGCCUUAUCCACCACAUAUUAAAAUAGACCCAGCUGAUAUAAUGUUACGUGAAAUAAUUUGUACAUUUGCAGUUAUGGUUUUUGUAAUCCCGCUUUGUGUGGAAGCUACCUAUGCAUCAAAAGAGAAGUUUAUUGGUGUAAAUGUUUUAAUGGCGAUGAAUGGAGUCAAAUUGUCUUACAAUUUAUUAAGCUGGUUAAUUACAGGAAUAUUAUGUAGCAUUCUUUAUGUAGUACCAAUAACUAUAUUAUUUAAAAUUACUUUUUCUACAAAUGUUGAAGCCUAUUUACAUUAUGGAAAUGGAUUUAUAUUUUGGCUUAUGUUUACUACACACAUUGGUCAUCUUAUAACAUUUGGCAUGCAUAUUGCAGCAUACUUUACAAGACCACGUUUUGUGACAACUGCUAUAGCUAUCAUAUAUGUAGCAGCAUUGUCACUUGAUGGAAAUCUGAUAAGGGAAGAAGCUUUUGGAAUUAUAUCAUAUCUUGGUAUAAUAUUUCCAAAUAUUCUGUUUUAUAGAUUGUUUCAAGAAAUAAAUGCAUAUGAAAGCAAAUUAAUUGGUAUUCAAUGGAACAAUAUUUUUAUUCCUGGACACGAGGAAUAUGGUAUUGUAGGAAGUAUAGGCUUCAUAUUUCUUUUCUCAGUCUUGGGUGCUGUGAUACAUUUUACACUUGCUGUUUAUAUAAAUGCUAUAUUUCCCGGUAAAUACGGAGUUCGAAAGAAUCCAUUAUAUUUUUUAAAGUGUAUCAAGAAAAAUAAAAUAUCUCUGGACGAAGAAAUUAUUGACUUCGAUUAUGAUAAGAAAAUUAAUGAAGACUUUGAACCAGUAUUAGAUGGUGCACUUACACCUGGAAUACAAAUACGUGAUCUUAAGAAAUCAUAUACAACGAGUUGGCUACGAAAAUCUAAAGUUCAUGCAUUAAAAGGAAUUUCUGUAGACUUUUACAAGGGACAAAUUACUGCUCUGCUUGGACAUAAUGGAGCAGGCAAAACCACACUUAUGUCUAUAUUAACAGGUGUAACGAGUGAGACGGAAGGAAAAGUGUUUAUAAAUGGCAAAAACAUAAGAAAGCAUCUACAUAGUAUUAGAAAAGAUUUAGGUUUAUGUCCUCAAGAAAAUAUGGUUUUUCCAGAUUUAAAUGUAUUCGAACAAGUAGAAUUUUUUGGUUUGUUGAAAGCUAAGAAUAAAACUAGAUUGGAAGUCAAACAAGAUGUUUAUAAGUUACUUGCUAAGCUAAAGCUUUCUGAAAAACGAAAUUUUCUUCCUAGCAAAUUGUCUGGUGGUCAACAGAGAAGAUUGUGCCUCGGAAUGGCACUCAUUGGUGAUGCUAGUACUAUAGUUUUGGAUGAACCAACAUCGGGAAUGGAUCCUGAAACUAGACGAGACACAUGGGAUAUUAUAUUAAAACUCAGAGGAGAGAAAACAAUAUUAAUUAGUACACAUAAUAUGGAAGAGGCUGAUAUACUUGGUGAUAGAAUCGCUAUAGUACAUUCAGGUCGCCUUAAAUGUUAUGGUACCCCAAUGUUUUUGAAAAAACAGUAUGGUCAUGGUCAUAUAGAAGUUACUUUAUCAACAAAAUCUUGGUGUAUUCCUGAAAAAGUUAUAAGUAAAUUUGAUAUCAGGACGCAACAACUUUGUGUUGAUACUGAAAAAAUUGUUUUAAAUGUACCAUAUACUGAUUCUCUGCCACAAUCAUUAGAUAAAGUAGAAAGUCAAAAGAAAAAAUUAGGAGUUACUGGAAUAAGCGUGUCAUUGAUUACUUUAGAACAAGUUUUUCUAAAAAUUGUGAAGAAAGAAGAUAAUGGAAGUCAUCUUAAUGAAUUAUUUACAGCUCCAUUAAGCAAAGUUACAGGAAGUAUGCUAUGUAUGCAAUCAAUACUAGCAUUAUUUGCUAAGAAAUUCACAUAUACAAGGAAAAAUAUAACUACUUUAUUGAUGAUUAUAAUUCUUCCUAUCUUGUCGGUAUUUUUAAUGGCCUCAAGUUAUAAUUUACCAAAAGAUUCCACAGAUAUUAUUCCAUUAAAUCUCGGUAUGUACAAAUAUCCGAAAACUUUAUAUUCGUCAGACAAUGACACAAUUAAUCAGAAAUACAGAGAUGUUGUUCAAUAUUUCGGCGAAGCAGAACGCGUAGCGGAUAUGAGUGUUGCAAAUGCUCUUCUGAAUUUUUCUGUACGAGAUAUUGCGGAAUAUCGUAACAAUUUUAUCGUAUCUGCCGAAUUUAAUUCCACUGAAAACAACACGAUAUUGGCUAAUGGUUUUUAUUCUGCCAUAGCAUUCCAUAGUGUACCGUUAACAAUGAAUCUUUUGAGUAAUGCGCUUAUCAAGACUUUUGCUGGUGAUCAACACUCGAUUCUUAUAUCCAGGCAACAAUUACCAAAUACGAUUAUUUCGACUAGACAAGCGCCAGAAGAGGAAUCGCUCUCGCGCGUCUUAAUAUUCUGUGGAUUUUUCUUUCCUACUGUGGCACUGUUUGUUGUGCAUCCUCUGCAAGAAACAAUGACGAAAGUUAAGCAACUUCAACGUAUGACUGGUGUUACGUCGCUGUCAUACUGGGGUACAAUGUUCACUUUUGAUCUUGUGUUGUAUACAGUAUGUGUACUGCUGAUUACCUUGGCAUUCUACAUUAUGGACAUUAUUCUUAGUCUUCAUGUAUAUUAUACAACAGAAAUAUUAUGUACGAUAUUAAUCUUGGAGUUGUUUGGUAUUAAUGCUUUACUUGUCGUCUACAUAUUUAGUUUUAUGAAUAAAUCAAGAAAUACAAUAAUAACCAUUUUGGCUCUUGCACCUCUUGGUCUUGCUCUAAUACAAUUUCUCUUACAUCAAGUAAUACACAGUUUUAAUUGGCUUAAACCGCUACAUAUCAUACAAAAAGGAAUCUUUCGUUUAAUUCCUUAUAUAAGUUUGUUCCAUGGUGAGCUAUCCUUUUUCAACAUAGCUGCACAAAAUGCGAGAUGUCGUCGUCUACCAAAUAUGUUUCAGAAUAUAAUUUGUCUUAUACCUGGUGAUGUUUGUUGUGGUUUGGAAUGUGCAGAUGGAGUUUGCAAAAAACAACUGCCUUAUUUUAAGGACUUUAAGGAUGAUAUGAAUUUCGAAGAAAGUAUAGUAUAUUUAUCUGUAACGCCAAUUUUGUAUUUUGCUAUAUUGAUCAUGCUAGAAGAAAAAAUAUUUCCGAAAUUAUUUAGAAAGAUGAUUAGUACAAAACUAAAAAUUGAACAAGAAAACAUGGACGAUCAAGUAAAGAAAGAAAAAUUUGCAGUAGCACUAGAAAUUAAUAAAAUUAACAGUCAAAAUGAAAAUGUUAAAAAACAAGAAUUCAAAAAUUCAAAUAUUAAGGAUAUCAAUAAUACCGAAUUAAUACCAAAUCCAAACGAAGAUAAGAGCCUCUUUUUAGUGUAUGAAUUAAGCAAAUAUUAUGGAAACCUAAUGGCUGUAAAAGAGAUUAGUUUUCGGGUAAAACCACGGGAAUGUUUCGGAUUGCUUGGUGUAAAUGGUGCCGGUAAAAGUACAACUUUCCGAAUGCUAACUGGAGAAGAAAUGUCUGACAGUGGCUUGAUGUACUUAGAACGAGCGGAAAUUUGUUCGAAUAGGAAAAAAUAUCUCUCUGAAAUGGGAUACUGUCCACAAACCGAUGCUUUAAUACCCUCCUUGAACGCUUUCGACCAUUUACGAUUAUUCGCUCGUCUGCGCGGCAUACCAAAGUCCAAUGUAGAAUUGGAAGUUAAUAAAUGGAUUAAUAGACUGAAUUUAACUGCUUGCAUGAUGCAGCCAAGCGGUACUUACAGCGGUGGAAACAAGAGACGCUUAAACAUUGCGAUAGCUCUAAUCGGAAGUCCUACUCUUGUUCUCUUAGACGAACCUACAACUGGUGUUGAUCCUGCAGCUAGAAGAUCGCUAUGGAAUACUUUGCAAUCUUGCCAAGCAGCAGGACAAGCCAUUAUACUUACAUCUCACAGCAUGGAAGAAUGUGAAGCACUUUGCAAUCGAUUAGUGAUUAUGGUGAAAGGUGAAUUGGUUUGUAUUGGUGCAAGUCAAGAAUUAAAGCAACGAUUUGGAGCAGGUUAUGAUAUUCAUAUAAAAUUAAAUCCUGGCCGAUCGGAUGAGGAUGUUAAAAAUAUCAAGAUGAUCAUUGAAUCUACUUUAAUAUGCGACAUUAGAGAUGAUAAUUUGGGUUUACUUGCCUACCAUGUAACUGAUUGUAACACAACGUGGGAAAAAAUGUAUAAUACAAUAAAAGAUCUUAAGCAAAGAUAUAGUUGCAUUGAGGAUUAUGCUGUUUUAUCUGCAACUUUAGAGCAACUCUUUAUUCAGUUUGCAAGAGGUGUUGAAAUGCCUAAAUCUUCAACUUGUAUUACUAAUCAUGAAGAAGUAUGAAAAUGAAUAUGAUAUAUAUAUAUAUAUUAAAUGUCAAUAUAUACUUAAAUAAAUAGACUGAUAAUAUAUUGGCAUAUUAAUUACGUUAUAGA